AUGCAGCCAUCUUUAUCCUGAAACAAGGAAAAGGAGGAAUACGCGACACGAAUAUGAAAAAAAGAAAAGGCAGGACCUGCAGAUGCCGUAAGAGAAAGAAGCAGCCUCCAGCAUCUGUGUAUGGAGUAAAUUUGAGUCAGGAGAGAUGCUAUGUUCAGUUAAGGAAAUGGCUAAAGCAACAAGGUUUUGAAGACUCUACUUUGCAGCCCACCUACUUUCCAGAUACAGGAAGAGGACUAAUGACCACUGAACCCAUUAAGGCAGGAGAGCUGAUUAUUUCAUUACCUGAAAACUGCCUCCUAACCACUGUCAAAGUACUAGAGAGCUACCUGGGUGACUACAUUAAAAGGUUUGUAAACUGUAUAAUGCAUUGCACUCUCUAA